AUGAGCGAAGAAUCUUUUACAAAUUACUAUGAGAUCCUCGGUUGUGAUAGAGAUUCUACGUAUGAAGAUUUAAAACAGGCAUACCACGAGCUAGUCCUACGCUAUCAUCCUGACAAGAUUUCUGCUACAGGGAGCAGCGAUGCAAAUAAAUUUCGCAAGAUCGACGAAGCGUGGAAGAUCCUGAGAGAUCCCUGCUUAAGGAGGCAGUACGACGUUGAAUUUAAGCAAGCAGAACUAGAAGCUGAUUGUGAGCUUGUUUAUGCCAAGUUGAAACCAGAAGAAUUGGAAACUACUGGAGAAAAUAAUGCAAUGUCGUAUCCCUGCAGAUGCGGGAGUUCUUAUUCCGUAAACAUCGAAGAUCUGAGAGAGAAAAAUAACGUGUUGCACAUCUAUUGCGAGGAAUGUACUUUCAUGAUUAUUGUAGAAACUUGA